AUUAACCUUAAAUGAUCAUCAGGCAGAUGCUGGUGUGGAUUUCGGAUUAUUAUUGAUGGCGGUAAUGGGACUGUUAUUUCCAGCAGUUCUUCAUGCUACACAAACAGAAUCUGAAUAUGGGAAAUCUCAGUUAUCUCUUUCAAGAUUUACGAGUUGCAUUAUGCUUGUGGCGUAUGCUUCCUAUAUAGUGUUUCAAGUGAAGAAUCUGAAUAAUUUACAAGUUCCAGUUGAUGAGGACAAGAGUUUCAAUGAAGAUACAUCAAAUGAUGAAGAAGCUCCUGAGAUUUCAAUGUGGGAAUCAAUGAUAUGGAUUUCAAUCUUAACAGGAGGUAUAUCUAUCCUGUCAGAAUACUUGGUUAACACCAUAGAGGGGGCAUCAAAAGAGUUUGAAAUGCCUGUGUCAUUUCUUAGUGUUAUUCUUCUUCCAGUAAUUGGAAACGCUGCAGAACAUGUUGGAGCUGUUAUGUUUGCUGUCAAAGACAAACUUGACAUAUCGCUGGGCGUGGCCGUAGGAUCUUCAAUACAAAUAUCAAUGUUUGUGAUUCCAUUUUGUGUGGUUGCUGGAUGGAUGAUCGAUUGUCCUAUGGACUUGAAUUUUCAGCCUUUCGAGACAACUUCACUUUUCAUGUCAGUUAUCAUAGUCGCCUUCAUGUUGCAAAAUAGAACUUCAAACUACUUCAAAGGGAUGGUGCUCAUUCUUUGCUAUUUGAUAGUUUCUGCAAGUUUUUUUGAACACAUUGAUCCUAUGUCAGUUGAAGAUAAUCCCUCAACUGCUGGUUAGCUAAGCUAACAUCAAGAUCUCUUAUUUUAUGUUCCCCUUUCUGAAACCAAGGAUUGCACUUGUGUGUCUAUGUGGUAAAAGACCAAGUUAAAGAACCCUAUAGUCCAGGGGAUAAAGUGCGAAUAAAAUAUGUAUAUCUAAUAGAGGAAAUGUUAUCACAAAUUAAGAAGCUCCUGUAUAUUGUUACAGCAUACUCAUUUAAAUAUUGGUAUACUCUUAAAUUGAUCCCACCAGUUUAGGCUAUUUUGCACAAUUGAGUUUUUGACUAUGUAUGUACCUUUGAAUUCUUCAGUUCAUUCUUUCUAUGUACCACUUCAAAUACUGGAGAUCAAUAUUCACAUGUUAUUCAUGAUGAUUUUGCAA